AGUUGCAGAUCUUUGGAUUAAGGAGCAGUUUGUCUCCAUGCUGCGUACAUACCUCCCCUCUAUUGUUCUCUUGUAUUCUCUGCUACUGAAGCUGGAAAACAAAAAUUAACCAAACCCGACACAAUGAACCAGAAGGUGGUACUCAUCACAGGCUGUUCCUCUGGGAUUGGCCUCGCCUUGGCUGCUCGCAUCGCCAAAGAUGAGAAGAAGAGAUUCAUGGUCUAUGCAACCAUGAGAAAUCUGAGUAAAGGGGAGCCUCUGGUCGAAGCAGCAGGCAAGACCCUGGGAAGGACCUUGGAAAUCAAACAGUUGGAUGUAUGUGAUGAGACGUCCAUUAAAAACUGUGUGGACAGUCUGCCUGAGCGCAGGGUGGACAUUCUUAUAAGUAAUGCUGGGAUGGGGCUGAUUGGACCGAUUGAGUGUCAGUCCAUUGACGAGAUGAAGACUGUCAUGGAUACUAACUUCUUUGGACUAGUGCGGUUGCUGAAAGAAAUCCUACCUGACAUGAAGAGAAGGAAAAAAGGCCACAUUGUUGUUAUCAGCAGUGUCAUGGGCAUUCAGGGGAUUUUAUUCAACGAUGUCUAUGCAGCCUCUAAGUUUGCUGUGGAGGGUUUUUGUGAAAGUUUAGCCGUCCAGGCCCUGAGGUUUCAUCUCAAUAUCAGUCUGAUUGAGCCAGGCCCAGUAAUUACUGAGUUUGAGCGUAAAGUCUAUGAGGAGGGCUUGAAGACUGAUCUGAGCAAGGCUGACAAAGUGACAGCUGACAUGUUCACAAACAUCUAUCUGAAGAACUACAACCAAAUCUUUGAAACCCUUGGGCAGACUCCUGAGGAUGUAGCAGAGCAUACUUUUAAGAUCAUCACCAUGGAAGAUCCUCCUUUUCGUCAUCAGACAAAUACGCUUUACACACCCAUGACCACUCUAAAAUAUGCUGACCCUAAUGGUGACCUCCCAAUUGACACAUUUUACAAAAUGGUGUUUGAACAUGACAAGGUCUUCAAUGCCAGUCUGAACUUCCUCAAGCUGCUGCGCUGGAGAAGUCGGAAGAGUUUUACUCUGGACAAGGACAAACCAACUAACUGAUUCAAUGCCACAAUGGGAAAAAUAUCUGUGACCUCUGUGUAAUAGAUGUCUAUAUUGUUUCAUACUGUAGGGCACUGUUGUAAUGAAACACUGAAACAAUGAAAAGUGGAACAAAAUAAAAAAAGUAGUUAUACA